UCACAGUGAGGAAACAGCAGAAAAGAGUAAUCUAAUCUUCACCAGGCCAACUAUUUUUUUUCUAUUUAUAAAAAGGAGGAUCAUUUUAAUUUGUGUUCUUUAAAAUAAUUUUCUACUGGAAUGGAACUUCUCUCUAUAAAAGUGAAAAAAGGAAAGUUGAAUGAAGCAGCUGGUGCAUUGCACACCUAUGUUGUUUUAAAAGUCCAAAAUUUGAAAAGCACUACAAUAGACAGAAGAGGAAGUCAACCUUGCUGGGAACAGGACUUCAUGUUUGAAAUCAGUGCUGAUGAAAAGGGAUUCAUUCUAGAGCUGUGGAAGAAAGGCUUGCUCUGGGAUAGCAUUUUAGGCAUUUUAUGGAUUCCCCUUGCAACUGUGGAACAUGCAACAGAUGAAGGCCCAGGUGCCUGGUGGACAUUGCAUUCUGAAGUCAUAAAAAGUGGAAGCAAGAUCUAUGGCACUAAAACACCAACUUCACAUCAGAUCCUACUGGAUGUCUACUUUGCACUACCAUUUGAUACCCAUGAAGAUUUCGAUUGUAGAGGCUGUCACAGAAGGGCUGCCCUCCAAGGUACAAGUUAUUCACAUCAAGAUACACAUGAUAGUAUGUCAUCCAUGGAAAACAAACUAAGGAGAAAUAAAGAUCAAGCUGACAAAAGUAAUUUCGCAAAAGCAAGAUGGGCCAGGGCUAUUCAGAAGACACUUCAAGAAACCAUGCGCAGCAGCGUGAGAUUUUACAGCACAUACAAAACAUCUUCAGGAUUUGGUUUCUAACAAGCGGAUGUGUGAUCUUCCCCCUCCCCCUUUUUUGCCGUCAAGUGCUACCAGAGCAUCAGUAGUUUACAUGUCUUUAC